ACCAAAGAAGAAGAAUUCUGACGUUGUACGUGUGUGGUUGAGUAGUGGAUAGGUAUCAGAGUUUCUGAAUGUAUAUUUAUUAAAAUAAAAGAAGAGGACGGUAUGGAUGUAGUUUUGUAUGUGAUAGCUGCUGCUAUCCUCGUUGUUCUUAUUUUGUUUGCGCGGAAGGUUCAGCGGAAACUACAAGACGCUGAUGAGGAUCAUCGGAGAGAUGUCAUCCGGGCAGCGGGGCCCCCUGUGCGGGCCGCAGAGGAGCGAGGAGCAGGGAUGCCGCGAAGGAGGAGAAACCUCGCUGCUGGGAUGGCCAACAGAAGACCACAGAGAGAAGAUAGAGAGGAAGAGCCUGUGGGGGAUCAGGAGGAGGAGGAUCAGCAGAACUUACAGACAACUGCUAAAAUUGGAGCCAAGAAGCAGAGGAAGUUGGAGGAAAAACAGGCCAAGAAAGCCCAGAGAGAGGCAGAGAUGGAGGAAAGAGAGGAGAGGAAGAGGAUGCAGGAACUUCGAGAGCAGGAGAAACGUCAGGCCGAGGAGAAGGAACGACAGCUGGAACAGAAACAGGAGGAAGACGAGCGGCGAGCUAAAGAGGAGCAGGAACAGCGAGAGGAAGAGGAGUAUUUAAAACUCAAGGCAUCUUUUGUCAUAGAGGACCAGGGAGAGGAGGAGCAGCUCUCUGAGGACCAGUCACUCAGCCUGCUGCAAGAUUUCAUCCAGUACAUCGAGACCUCGAAGGUGGUUCUCCUGGAGGACUUGGCAUCCCAGUUUGGGAUGAGGACACAGGAUGCCAUCGCCAGACUGCAGGACUUAUUGGCUGAAGGCACCAUCACAGGUGUGAUCGACGACAGAGGGAAGUUUAUCUCCAUCACUCCAGAAGAGCUGGACUCUGUGGCUCAGUUCAUCAGACAGCGAGGCAGAGUUUCCAUCGCGGAGCUGGCUCAGGCCAGCAACUCUCUGAUCAACCUGAUGCCCGAAAGCCGCAGCGCUGCCUGACGGACACGAAGAGGAAACCGAGCUCAGAUCUGCAGCUGCUGGAAAGAUGAAACUGGACUGCUUUUUUUCAUUUGGGGGAAAAUAAAUAAAAACAUAAAAUCCCACAAAUG